AUGGCCGACGACGCCGUCAAGUCACGCGAGCAUCUUCACAUCGAGCACCUUGUGCAAACCAAACUGCCUACCAGCCCGAUCUACGCUUUCCUUCUUACUGGCGUCAGGAUUGUCGAUGCAUCGAAAGGACAUUUCACUGCCCGGCUCCCGCUUUCACAAAAUCACAUGAACUCGGGAAACAGCCUUCAUGGAGCUGUAUCGGCAACCAUAGUCGACUGGGCAGGCGGCAUGGCUAUCUCGACGCACGACCUUCGAAGCGGCAGCGGUGUCUCCAUUGACAUUCAUGUCACGUACCAGUCUGGCGCAAAAGUCGGCGAAGAGAUCGAGAUUGAGGGCAUAGCAGAACGCGUCGGCGGCAGUCUGGGUUUCACGAAGGUCACGAUCUACAAGGUCGAGGACGGCAAGAGAGGGAAGAUAGUCAUAUCGGGCACCCACACCAAGUUUGUAAAGGGCUCCGAGCCGAAGAAGGAAUGA